GCCAAUCGUUAUGCCUACUUGAAAAGAAAAAAAAUCACAAUCAAAAUUCAAUGUCGUUCAAACCAUCAAACAUGGGCAUCUAUCCUAAAAAAAACAAACGAUGGGUUUCAACGAACGACAUAACCGUUGCGGCCAGAAGAGAUUCAAGGGUCGGGGUUCGGAUCUUGAAUCCAGGCUGUUAUGCGACGGACAUCCAGCUCCUACUGGCGCCUACAUUGGAGGGAGUCGACCAACGGUGUUUGGGAUCUCGGGGCGCAGUGGAGCGGGGGCGCUGAAAGGUAAUAUGCCUAAGAUCAGUGGGCAAAAGCUUGAGGGAUGCAUCGGACCGUAUUCAUUAACAGACCACAUCCACGAGCGGGAGGCCAGUUAUCAUUUAGGCAAGCAGGUCGAUCGAGCAGGCGAUUUCUAGGUGACCUUCACUCCGCCUAUUGCUCCACGGUGCAGCGGGAUCAUCACCACCGCUUCGGUGGCUCUCAAAACCCCUCUGCAUGCUAGAGAGUUCCGCGAGCUCCUUGCUUUUUUUUAGGAUCGUGGGCAAUCAUUAUUGUGGAAAAUCACUCGCUGAGAUCGGUUGGAUCAUUUGGUGGUUGCCUCUAUUCUGUUGUAUUUGCAAUUCAUUCCGCUUUAGAGCAAUUACAUAAAACAAAAAAAAAAUGGCUGUACUGAUGAGCCCCUAAAAUAAAUGAAGUUACAAGACUUAUUUCGGUCCAUAAUAAAUAUCUGAAUCGUAAGAAUUAUUGGGUGAGAAGGGUGUUGAGAUGACGAAGAGAGUCGAAAGCCGAAGCUG